AUGCUAAGUCAAAAAAAUGUAUUAGCUGGGGAGGAAGAUUUUAAUUUAAACAAAUUUCGAGAUUCUUUGUAUCUUAGAAUGUAAAGUCCAAGCUAAUCAAAAUAAAGUAGUGUAAUUAAAGAGGAUAAUUCAAUUAAGAAAUCAGCCAAAAAUUCAUUAAAUGCAGAUAUUCAACGUCGAAAAAGGUGGUUUAAAUAAAUAUUCAUAGUGUACCAUCAUUUGAUGAGUUAUUAAAAACAAUGAAUAUUAGUAAUGGAUUUGGUUAAUAACAAAAUGUGUCUAAUCAUAAAAGAAAUAUCACUGAUUCAUCUCGAAAGAUGAGUGGUAUUUAUAAUAAGAUAGAAUGUUUGGGAAAUAAUGAAGUUAAUUAAAUAACAAAAUUAUCAUAACCGUAAAUAUAUAUUUAACAUAUUUAGAUUUAUUUCCAAUACACCUUUAUCAAUAUCAAAUAAUUAAUAACACAAAAGGACAACCUUCUCGAGCAGCAUUACAGAAAAACCAGUAUUUUCAAAAGGAAAUGGAAAAUCACUAAUUGAUAAAUUAUCUUUAAAAGAAUUGAUGGAAAUUCGUAGUAAAAUAGAUAAUAGUACAUAAUCUGAGGUGCAAGAAUUAUCUGCAAAUUAUGUUUAAGAACUAUUAAAAUUAUCCUAAAUCAUUAUAAAACAAGUUAGACAUAUAAAGAAUUGA